AGACUCCUUCAUUUGCAAAACUUCAACACCCUGAUGGCCGUGAUCGGCGGGCUCGGCCACAGCUCCAUCUCCCGCCUCAAGGAGACGCACAGCUUUGUGAGUCCGGAGACGACAAAGGUCUGGGAGUCGCUGCUGGAGCUGCUGUCAUCGGCAGGGAAUUACAGCCGCUACCGGCGGUGUUUUGCGGAGUGCGUGGGCUUCAAGUUCCCCAUCCUAGGAGUCCACCUCAAGGACCUGGUGGCCGUCCACGUGGCCCUUCCCGACUGGCUCGACCGGGCGCACACCCGCCUCAAUGGCAAUAAGAUGCAGCAGCUGUUUAGCAUCCUCAGCGACCUCGCGAUGGUGCAGAGCAUCCGCCCCCCAUUCGAGGCCAACCCUGACCUUCUCAACUUGCUCAUGGUCUCCCUGGAUCAAUAUCAAACAGAAGAGGAGAUCUAUCAACUCUCUUUGCAACGCGAACCCCGAAACAAGUCUACGCCUUCCAGCCCUACAUCUUCUACCCCACCACCCCAGCCUGUUAUGAUCGAGGAGUGGGCAUCGGUGCCCAAACCGAAGCCAGACCAAGAAAUUGUGCGCAAACACAUUGAGAAGAUGGUAGAGUCUGUUUUCCGGAACUUUGACGUGGAUGGAGAUGGGAAUAUUUCCCAAGAAGAAUUCCAGAUUAUCCGGAAUAAUUUCCCAUAUCUCUGCAAAUUUGGAGACCUGGAUGAGAAUCAAGACGGUUGCAUCAGUCGAGAAGAAAUGGUUUCCUACUUCAUGAAGUCCAGCAUGGAGCUGAACGGGAAAAUGGGCUUCGUCCACUGCUUCAACGAGACCACGUUCCUGCGCCCCGUGGCUUGCCGUCACUGCAAGGGCCUGAUCCUGGGCCUCUACAAGCAAGGACUAAAGUGUCGAGCCUGCGGGGUGAAUUGCCACAAACAGUGCCGGGAUCUGCUCUCGGUUGAGUGCCGCAAACGCACCAAGAGCGUCAGCCUUGACGGAUCUGUAUCCCUGCCAGCCCGGUCCUUUAGUUUCUCCCUGCCUCGUCCCGGCCGGACAUCCCUGCGACAUACAGAAAUCCAGGAGGAAGAAGUACAGGCUGUGGACGAUGGGGUUUUUGAUGAGAAGCUAUGAGACUAGAUCAGCUCAGUGGACUGCCUGGAAUCUGAGCACGAGAUCACCUCGUCCUUCUCAGCGGCCAGAGCCGGUCUGCCAGCAAGCCUUCGGCUGUACUCCGUCCCCCCAAAUGCAGUGGGGCAUGUGCUUUUGGGGAUGGGACCUCUCCAUUUUGAAAGCACUUUGGCAAAGGGAAUCGGGAGAGAUUUCUGCCCCUACCCCAAGACCUUUUAGAAACGUGUGUAUAUUUGUAUCAAGAACUGGAUUCAAAGAUGUAAUAAUCAUUAUAAUAAAUUUGACACCUGCUCCG